AUGUUGUUCAAUAUUCUUACACUCCUUGGCGGAUUAGUUGCCUUUGCAACAGCAAACCAAACCCGCAUCCCGCGUUGUUGCAAUGCGCUCCAAAGCAUCGAUGAGCUCCGCGGCAAGGUCUACUUGCCUGGGUCCGAUACCUACGCGGACCGGAUGGAGACUUACUUCUCCAAGAGUGCUGCCCUGGAGCCAUGGUGCAUGUUGCUGCCUUCGACAGCCGAAGACGUGUCCCUCAUUGUCAAGGAUUUGGUAGCGAAUAACUGCCCCUUUGGCGUUCGGAGCGGCGGGCAUAGCUCGCAUCCUCUCUCCAACAGCGUAGAGAAGGGCAUCACGAUAGAUUUUGCCUUUAUCUCAGGCCACAUGAACGCCACCACCUGGAACCCAGAUACAGGCCUCGUGUCCAUCCAACCCGGAGGUCGCUGGCAGGACGUAUACGACGUGCUCACACCCCACGGCAUCACCGUCGCGGGAGGCCGCGCCGGCUCCGUCGGGGUGGGCGGCUUCCUCAGCGGCGGUGGCAUCUCCUUCUUCGCCGCCUCUCACGGGUGGGCUUGCGACACAAUCGCUAAUUACGAGGUGGUGCUUGCUGACGGCUCCAUCGCCUACGCCAAUGCCCAGGACAACCCGGACUUGUGGCAGGCUCUCAAGGGAGCCGGCGCCAACCUGGGCCUCGUUACGCGCUUCGACAUGUUCCCGAUCGAGCUCGCUGGUCCCUCGGAGGGAAUUAUCUGGGGAGGGAAUAUGAUAUUUGGAUCGGAGUCGGGGAGUGAUCUUAUCAACGCUCUAGUAGACUUCACUGAUAAUGUGUACAAAGACGAGAACAGCUCGGCCAGUGUGUCCUUCUCGUACCAGCCUAAACUGGCGGGAGGUAUGGUAGGUCUAGUUUCCAUUGAAAACACCCUCGGCCUGAGCAAGCCAAAGGCUUUUAACGGCUUCUACGGGAUUGGGGCCGCCCUCAACGACACCACCAGGAUUGACACCAUGUCGGCACUCUCUAGGGAGCUCUCGGAGGGUCAGCCCAUGGGAUUCCGUAAUAUGUUCAUCACCGCAUCAUUCAAGAAUGACCCACGACCGAUGAAGUACGCUCUCGACAAGGUCAAUAAACUCAACGCCGAGCUCGAAGAAAUCACCCUGACCCUAAGCGCAAACUUCACAACGGUCUACACCGUCCAACCGGUCACGAAGUCCAUCAUUGAGAAAAGCAUCGCCAAGGGGGGCAAUGUUAUGGGUCUAGAUCGCUACGUCGAUGAUGGAAACGGCAUUCUGUUCCUACUUAUCGUAUCUACAGACCACGCUGAGGUGGAGCGGCUGGCGAUUCCCAGGGCUGAGGCGCUUGUGAGAGAUGUUGAGGCUUACGCAAAGGAACUGGACCUCGAGCGGGAGUGGAAGUAUCUAAAUUAUGCGCACGGGAGUCAGGAUGCCAUUGCCACAGUUGGCGAGGAGGCGCUUGGCAAACUGCAGGCUGCCUCGGCAAAGUACGAUCCCCAUAGAGUUUUCCAAAGGCUGCGAACUUCGGGGUUCAAGAUUCCGCGGGACAAAUGA